AUGAAUACCAAUAAAAAGUUUCAAACUGCUCCAAUAUUUAGCUGGCCAAACUCUAAUGAAAUAAGUGCUGAUUUUGGUGCUUUAGAUGGUUUUUGUCUUUCAAAAAAUAAUAUUGAUGGGGAAUUUAUGAACAGCGGAUCAACAAAUAACCAACCUACUGGAGUAGUUCCCAUAACACCUAUCAAACAAUAUUUUCCACAUACACGUCGCUAUGAUCAAAACCUGAACAUUCAUCGUAACAUAGUUCUUUCCAAAUCAUAUUUUACUCAAAAUGCUGAACACAUGCAUAAUGUAAUUCCAGAAUUUGAUAUUCCUCUAGAUUUUCUUGCUGAAACUUUUAUAAAUGAAUCUAUUAUUGAAGAAGAAUAUCAUUACACCAAUGAUUCUUGCAUGGGAAGUCAACUUAUUUCAAUUUGUGAUUAUCGUAUAGUAGAUGGCCAACCACUCCAACUUAUGAUUUUUCCAAUGGGCAUUGCAGGAUCUGAGUUAUGCAUGAUCCCAUUAAAAAAAGAGAAUAACUUUCAUGAUUCAGAAUUUAAGAUCAGUCAACUUGAACUAGACCUAUCAAACAGUUCAAGAUUAAAUUUAAAAACACCUAUUAGACAAGUCACAACUUCCAUAUCUGAAAAAUGGCUUGUUAAUAAACUACCUGGCUUAAUGGCUGUACGAACAAUGACUGGAACCAUUUUUUUCGAAUUUACAAAACAAUCUAAUUAUAAGCCAAUUGUUAUGGAUGUCCUAGUGAAUAACACAAAUAAAUUUUAUGAACACAUGCAUGUCGCCUUCAAUCCAGUAUUAUAUGGUGAGGCAGCUAUAAUAGAUAAGUAUGAUGGUGUUUAUAUUUGGAGAGCAGAAAGAUCCAUUUCUACUCGAGAAUUUGAAAAGUCCGGUACAGAUUCAAUACACCUUCCAUCACCACAAACAAACAAACCACUAAGCAAAUUGUGGAAGGCUUGUGAGUAUGGUGCUCAUCCUCAAUCAUUGCUUGCUGCUUCUAGAACUAAUAUUAAUUUUUAUGAUUUUAGGGAAAAAGUGGAAUCACCAAAUGUUAAUUUAUAUAAUGUUAAGGUUGGAGAAAACAUAUAUGCAUUUCAAAGGUUUCCCAUGAUGAAUUCAUUUCAGACCAUAUUCUCAACUGACAAUGAUAUCAAUAUAUUAGAUCAAAGAUUUCCAAAAAGACCAUUAAUAAGAUGUGCACAUCACUUUAAUAGCCAUCUAUCUGGAUUUAACAUUAUAGUCAAGAAAAAUGGUAAUGACUUUUUACAAUCAAAAUACUUGAGAACUCCAGACUUGACACAAUUAUCUCAUUCUUAUUAUGAACCAUUAAAGACACCUAAACUACCAUAUUUAUCCAGUGCUUUAUUGCUCCAAAAUGAUGUUCAAUAUUUACCAAGUGGAAUGAUUGAUGAUAAAAUAUUGAUAGACUCAUCUAUCGAUAACAGUAAUUGUUUUAGUGUAAUUCAACUCUCACAAACUGGUGCUUUAUACAAACAAACAUUUUAUCAUGCAGAUCAAACAAAUGCACCAAUGCCCAAGUACAAACAUCUAGAACUGUUUGAUAUGCAAUUUGUUGAUAUGCCAAAGUCUGUAGCAACUUUUCAACAUAUGGCUGACAAGGAUUUAGGCACUGUCCCAGAACUUCGAUUGAAACACUAUCAAUCCAAGUCUUUUGAGAAGUUAUGGAACUAUAUUUCCAAAGAUUUUAAAUCAUCAGAAAAUAACUAUAGUCUUAAAACCCUUAAUUUAAAUUAUGAUACAAGUUUUUCUAAAUGGGAGGAUGUGGAAAAAUUUUUUAAAGAGUAUGGCAACAAAUUAGGUUUUAAUUGUCAUAGAAGGUUAAUAUUGACAGAUACAAAUGGAAAUGUUACAUUGGCAAAGUUUAAAUGUACUGAAGUUGAUUAUGAUCCAAAAAUUACAAAGUUUUCAAGGUUUUCUCCAUGUGAAUGGUCAGCUACACUUUCUCAUUCAAGAACUCAUAAUAGUAUUAUUGUUGCAAAUCUUAAUAAACAGCAUAAUCAUGACUUGUUUUCACCUUUAUACUACUCUGAAAGAUGGGAGUCAGGGGCAGCAGAUUAUUUAUCAAAUAACUCUAAUUGCUCUUAUGAUGUUUCUACCCGCAGUAAUUCUGAAAUCAUUCGGAAUCAACAUUUUUCAGAAAAUUUUCGAUUAAUAGAUGAUGAAAGUGAAGAAAUAAUAAUGAUUGACUGGACUUCUGCUAAUAUGGAUGAAAUGUCAACUAUGCCACAAGGAAUAUCAUUAUCAGGCACAAUUAUUUCACCAUAUGGUUUUCCUUUUAACAAAAUAAAUAAACAUCAUAACAAUAGCAUUAAUGAUACUUUAACAGAACUCAAAAAUAUUUUGAAGGAAGCAUAUCCUCUUCCAAUAAUGAAUGAAAAUAAUUUCAAUGACUGUUUUAAACAAGGUAAAAUUGUAGAUACAGAUCUUGAUUUAGAAAGUCAGAGUUUUCGAAAUCAUGCAAUUGAUGAAGUUGCAAGAGAUAUGACUUAUAGUUCAAUUAUGUACACAAGCAAUUUACAAAAUUCAUCUAGAUUUCUAUAUUCAAGUGUUGUUGGUGAUUCUAAAAUGGGUUCAACAGAUGUAGAUAGAAGUUCAUUUCCAUUAAUAUUUACCAACAAUAAAGUACUCGAUGAAGAAAAAAAGAUUAUAUUUAAUCCAAUAGCUGAAGCUAUAUUUGAUAGUUGGGUUAUAGGUGAAGAUUACACCAAAUUCCAAUAUGAAUAUCCCUAG